AUGAGGGCACGCUUCGGUGAAGUGCAGUCGGCAGACUCACCAGUCUCCGAUCGCUCAGACCAGAAAAGACAGUCUAUUGACAAACAUUUGGGGCGCCUAGUGAUCAACGAAGAUCGCAGUCGCUAUGUGAACAAUGCAUUCUGGACAGGCAUGAGCGAUGAGAUUGCCGAGAUGCGGGACUUGCUCGACCCGUCAAGCACCGAAGAUGAAGACGAGGUCAACUCGCCCGACACCGACCGCCAACCUAACCACCAAGCCUUCCUCUUUGGUUACUCCUCAGUCAUGCAAGACUUGAGGGAGCUGCAUCCCAGUCCCAGCCAGAUCUUCAUUCUUUGGGAAGUUUUCAAAGAGAACGUCGACCCUGUGGUUCGAAUACUCCAUCGGCCUACGGCCAAAACAAUUCUCAUGAAUGCUGCGAGCAGUAUCGACCGAGUUUCCAAACCAGCAGAAGCCUUGUUGUUUUCAAUCUACUUCGGGGCAGUCGUGAGUUUGACUCCGGAGCAAUGCCGGCAACUGUUGGACGAGGACAAGCAGUCUUUGCUGAAGAAGUACCGGUUUGCAACAGAACAGGCUUUGGCCCGGGCAGAUUUUCUAAAUAGCUCCAGCCUCAUGUGCUUGCAGGCACUGUCAUUUUUCCUCAUAUUUGUCCGGCAUUGUGACGAUUCAAGAUUGGUAUGGGCACUGGGAGGUCUUGCUAUUCACCUGGCACAGUCGCUGGGCAUCCACCGCGAUGGAACCCACUUCGGACUGAAUCCUUUUGACACAGAAAUGCGACGCCGAUUAUGGUGGCAAAUUUCCCUGCUAGACAACCGGGCAGCCGAAGACCACGGCGUCGAUCCUUCUUUUAAUGACCAAUUUUACGAUACCAAGGUCCCUGCGAACUUGAACGACGACGAUAUCUAUCCCGGAAUGAAGGACUGGCCGAAAGAAAGAGUCGGAGCAACCGAGAUGACGUUCUGCCUGAUUCGAUAUGAAAUUGGCUUGUUUUCUCGACGCUUCAACUUCGGUCCUGGAUGCAGUACAUCGCAGGUUUCCGAGCUGUCCUUGGUCGAAAAGGAGAAAUUGAUCGAUGAGUGUCACCGGAAGCUGGAAGAGAAAUACCUACGACACUGUGACAUGAAUAUGCCUAUAUAUUGGGUGGCAGCAACAGUCGCCCGCCUCAUCCUGGCCAAGAUGUGGUUGAUGGUCCACCAUCCGCGAGCGUACUCGAAUAACGGCGAGGGAUCACCGAUGCCGCCAGAGAUCCGUGAUCGAGUCUUCAUCACCUCAGUGGAAGUGAUAGAAUUCUCGCAUCUCCUCGAGAAGAACGAAAACACGGCGAAAUGGGGCUGGCUAUUCAGGACAUACAUGCAAUGGCAAUCCGUGGCAUGUGCGUUGUCAGAGAUAUGCGUCAGACCCCCUGGGCCCGAUGUAGAUCGAGCAUGGCGGGCGGUUGAAUCGGUCUACGGGGAACGAAUGAUGAACUACAAGUAUCAAAAAGGAAUGCUGUGGAAACCCUUGCGGCACCUCAUGGCCAAAGCAAGGGCACGAAGAGCAGCGCAACAAGCCCAGUCAAACCAGGCCCAACAGAAGUCAAAAAUCAUGUUUUCCGAGAUAGGCGAUUCAACCCCUAUGGAACGGUUUAUGGGAGACUUUCCAGCUAACCCUAGCACGACCGCCAUGGAAGCAUUUGGCAUGGCCAGCGAGCAGCCCUACAAUGCAGGAAUGAUCUUGGAUCCACAAGUACAAGAAUCUUUUCAUCCGGCAAGUGGCGGUGCGAUGGCGGAGAGUGGUAACACCAUCUCGCAGGACAAUUCCAGCAGUGCGGGCGUGAAUUGGACCCCAGAGCAUAUGCCGAUGGAGAGCAAUGACAUUUUGGACUUCGGAUGGUCACCGUCUGUGGGUGACUUCGCCGUGCGGGGAGAGCCUUUUCAACGAUUUUUUGUUACUGCUCAAGAAAAUUGGUUUUGA